AUGGCGGCCCUGUACAACCAAACCGUGGAUUUCAUCUCCGACUCCUGGACCAACCAGCGAACCCAACUUCCCUUGCUAGCAGUGACUGGCGCUUCCUUUACACUGGGACUAUUACUGCGGUCGCUUUUUAGCCGUGAAGAGCAGCGUGGUGGUGUCCUUCCUUCCCCACGCGCGACCCUCCUGCGAGGCCUAUCGGACGAGGAGAACCGCAAACUCCCCCUCCCCAUCGAUAACCUUCCCGGUGCACGCGACGUUGAGAGCCCAUAUGGAUCGCUCCGAGUAUAUGAAUGGGGCCGUGAAGAUGGUCCGAAGGUGUUGAUGGUGCAUGGUAUCACCACUCCGUCUAUCGCGCUCGGUGGGGUGGCCCAUGCGCUGGCUGACCGUGGUUGCCGUGUGAUGCUGUUUGAUCUUUUCGGUCGAGGAUACUCCGAUUCUCCCGCCGAUCUCCCUCAUGAUAAUCGGCUUUUCACCACACAGAUCUUGCUUGCCUUAGCCUCAUCUCCGGUCUCAUGGACUGGUGCCGACUCCGGUAAAUUCUGUCUCGUCGGUUACUCACUUGGUGGUGGAAUUUCUGCCGCAUUUGCCUCAUACUUCCCCCACCUUAUAUCUUCCUUGGUACUCUUGGCCCCAGCUGGCAUGAUGCACGACUCCCAUGUUAGCUCCCAGGCCAAGCUUUUGUACUCCGGCGGCAUUAUUCCAGAGAAUAUACUUGGCUAUUUUGUCAGGAAGCGUCUUAGAGCAGGCCCGCUGGUCUCAAAACCCAAGGAUGGAAAGAUUGAUGUGUCGGAUGCGUUGAAUCAAGAGGCUCCUACUGAAGUCGCCGCUGACGCUCAGGUGCUGUCGCGGGAAUAUCCCCACCUUAACGUCCCAGCUUCUAUUGUGUGGCAGGUUGAUCACCACCAGGGUUUCGUUCAUGCAUUCAUGUCCACCAUGCGUUAUGGCCCCAUCUUCCGCAAGUACCAAUGGAGUAACUGGGCACGUCUUGGGGAGUACCUGAGUGCUCAAAAUAGUGAUCCAUCUGAAAACCAGGGACCCAAGGGCCUCCCGAGCGAUAAGGUUCAUAUCUUGUGCGGUAACACCGAUGCCGUUAUUGUCAAGGAUGAGCUGGUUACAGACGCCACUGCUGCCCUUGGUGGAAAUGCUGUGUUCAAGUUCUACGAGGCUGGUCAUGAGUUCCCCAGUACCAAAUACGAGGAAGUAGCCUCAUACAUCUUGAAGGUGAUUUAA